AUGUCCCGGACAAGAUUUUUCUAUAAGAUAUUGCUCGUAUGGAGUAUUUGGUUAAAUGUUAGCAACAACCAGGUAGAAGCAGAGACAGAUGAACAAUGUAAAGAAAAUUGUGCAUGUUGUAUAGAUAAAAUAUGUGGACCAGGGAAAUGGACUUCUACAGAUUGUACUCUAGGCUGUAUUGAUGGUUAUAGGGGUCCUCGCUGUUAUGAACUAUGUAUACACAAUUGUACAAAAUGCCCUUUUGAUGCAUAUACAUGUACUGAGUGUUAUGAUGGCUAUUACCCAGGCUCUGCUCGUGACUGCACAUCACAAUGUUUACCCAGAUGUAAAACAUGCACGUCAGGAACCGCGUGUACAUCAUGCAAUGAGGGAUAUAAUAAUGACAAUGGUCGAAAUGAUUGUAGUAAUCGUGACUGUCCCGAAAAUUGUAAUUGUGAAAAUGGUCAAUGCGCAUCAUGUAAGGAAGGAUAUUACGAUACCAGUAAUAUAUGUAAUAGUUUAUGUCCAGGUAACUGUGUCACGUGUACGUCGGAUACUUAUUGUGGAUUAUGUAAGGAUGGGUAUUAUAGAGGUUACCAGUAUGACAACAAUAACCCCCCUUUGUUGAACGACUGUACGUUCAAAUGUCGAGAUAACUGUGUACGAUGUUCGUCCUUUAACAGUUGCUUGCUUUGUAAAAGUGGUCAUUACGGAUUGACAUGCGGUAACAGUUGUUCAGCUGGUUGUAUGUCAAACACUUGCGAUAUAUUAACAGGUAGCUGUAACUGUUCUCCUUAUUUUGAUAGGGAAAGAUGUAACAAAUGCAAAACCGGGAAUUUUGGAGGUUUGGAAGUUUGUGCGAUCAACAAUGUCCUCCAGGGUGUAAAGGUAACGUAUGUGAAAAAAUAUCCGGGGAUUGUAAAGACGGAUGUACUGUAG